UAUGCAGCUGAGAGAUCAGUGCCUUUAAGCUUUAGCUCUUUGCAUUGUUUAUAAGGUAUGACUCCAGGAUUUUAUCAUAGUUCUCUUGUAGAUGUUGACACAACAUAUAUUUAUUGUUCUAAUCUUGAUUGGCUGCUAAUAUUUAUAUUUGCAUCUCACUGUUCUUUUUAAUUUGAUGAAACUGAGCGCUCUUUUUAUUUCAUAGAAGAAACAUUACAUCGUUCGUAAGUGCCCAGUCUCAUUUAGUGUGUGCUGCAAUACACUCCUUUGGUUUACCAAACUAAUAUUUUUAAAUAUGAUGCAGCUUUUCUAUUACUCGAUCUUUACAUAGUUUUGACAGUAAUUAGUUAAUUUAUUGGGUGCCCUAUGAUCAGGUUCCUGAAAAUAUUGACCAUAUAUAAAUUUCUUGGUGGUAAAAUUUGAUGCUACAGAACAUAUUAAGAGGGGUUGUGCCAUAGCUUAAAGGUCAACUGCUACCCACUCAGAUUUUGUUUGCUUUAGCUUUUGCUUUUCUCUUUAUUUUUUUUUAUCUCUUUUAUCUAUAUAAUUCUGUUCUGUUCUCAUCCUCCAUUGGUUUCCUUUUCUGUUCACACUUUAAGCAUCUUCUCUUUGCUUGACAAGAGAGGCAGGGAACCUAAUAUAUUUGAGAACCAGGAAGUUGUUUACUUUCACACCAUUUCAGCAUUGUAACCUAUGUUCAUGCCACCAUGGUGGGGCUUGGUAUUGGAGCACCAAUUGUGCAGGUUUAUCAUGAGAAAUCUUUUAUCUUACCUGAUGUUUCAAGAGUGCUUGCAUGCCUUUAUGAGAAGGAUGUCAAGUUUGAGACUCACACAGCCUCUUACAAGAGCUUACUCAGACUGCAGGCAGCAUCACAUGCUCCAGUUCCAUUCUAUGAUGGCCCUACAUUUCUAGAAGAAUCCAGAGAAAUCUGUCGUUAUAUAGCAGAAAAGUACGAACAUCAAGGAUAUCCGUUCCUCCUUGGGAAGGAUGCCCUUGAGAGGGCUUCAGUUGAGCAAUGGCUCCACAACGAGGAGCAUGCUUUCAACCCUCCAAGCCGGGCCUUGUUUUGUCAUUUGGCCUUUCCCCUGGGUGAAGAAGAUGAUGGUAUUGACAUGCAUAUGAGGAAGGUAGAAGAGGUUCUGGAAGUUUAUGACCAAAGGCUCAGUGACAGUGAAUUCCUUGCUGGAAACAAGUUCACUCUUGCUGACCUUGUUCACCUGCCAAACUCCCACUAUAUCAAAGCGUCUGACAAGUUUCUUUACCUUUAUGAUUCGAGGAAAAAUGUUAGAAGGUGGUGGGAUGCUAUUUCUGAUCGGGAUUCUUGGAAGAAAGUACUGAGGUAUAUGAAGAGGGUGGAGGAGCAGAACAAACAAGAAGAACUCAAGAAGCAGCAGCAGCAGGAGGAGGAGGAGGAGGAUCCUAGAACCUCUGCUGACUCAAUUCGGCUAUACUCAAGGAAGAUCAGACGAACAAAGCCUCGGACAAUAUUGGUUCCUCCUACGGAUACCGUGUCAUUAUCUUCCAUAGUUCCUCAAACAAAGAAGCCUCUUCCUAGUGAUACUUCCCCUGAUGAAUUACUGAUAUCCUCAAGCCAUAGUACUCCUGCUACUGAUAAAACUUCAGCUGUCCAAAGCAAGGAAACUACAAUAUUUACUAGCCCUCAAGAAACACCACCAACCUCAGUUCAAAGUACUCCUGUCACUUCUAAAAAACACUCUAUUCCUGUCCAAAGCACUAAACAUGCUACUUCCCCAACCCCUGCCAAGAAGCCCCCAAUAACUGAUGCAGCCAAGUCCAGCGCCGAAGAUGCUCCAAUCCUCGAAUCAAGUUCAUCCAAGGAUGUUUCUAGUGACCUUGAUGUGUUUGAUCACUACCCAAGCCAUACUGAUGUAGAUACACCAUAUAUUGAACCUACUACACGAAAAACUUCAGAAACAUUGGAUGCAUUCCCUGAGCCUGACCAACCCACUGCAUCUGAUUUCUACAAGAGUGACAGCACAGGCACCAGUGUUGAUUCUCGGUUCAAAGAAUCAGUUCCAUAUUCUGGUCGUACUCCACCAGAACUUGAACCUACAGAUACUUCUGCUAGCAAGCUCCACACAACCGAUGUUCAUCGUAGGCUGCAGGUUGAGCAGUGGCAUUCUGCUAAAACUGGAUUAAAUGACCUAAAGCAUGAUGAUACUGAUCAUUUAGUGUCUACUCAACAAGGAAAACCAAGAAAAGAUGUGCAGCAGUAUCCAUCACAAGAUUCAGAACAGGCAACCUCACAUUCUGUUCCUCAAGAACCAAUGAGUCGAAAUGUCUUGUCUCAACUUGAGGAUUAUGCAUCUUCUGAUCAGAGAGGUGCUUUACCGCCCCCUUCUACACAAGAACAUGGUGUUACUCCAUCAAGGCAAGCAGCAGUUAAAGAUGCUCGCAGGAGAAUUUCAUCCCAAGCAGCGUAUCCAGGUGGUCAAGAUACCAGCAAGCAACCUAGAGACCAUAGUUCUGUACCAAGGCAGGGAGAACCUCAAGAUGCUAGGGAGAUAUUUGAUGAAUCACAGGCUCCAGGUUCCACUAUAUCCAGUGAGAGAUUUUCAUAUACUUCUCAAUCAUCUCUCCCAAGACAAGAUUUAGAUGGUCCUCGUCAUGCUACUGCACCAUUUGAAAUGAGAUAUCCUGGAGCUGAAGAUACUUCCAAGCAAGCUAAAGACAAAAUUUCUACCCCAUGGCAAAUGACAGACCAUACUGGAGAUGUCAAAGAAGAAACAAAAGUUUCCGAGUCUUCAUCAUUCCAAGUGCAACCUUCAUAUUUUGAGAGGGCCGAUGCUCCUUCACGGAAGCAAGAAACAAUUGAUGACACCUUCAAAGAAAGAAGAUAUCACAGUGUGGCCCCACCUUCCCAAACAAGAUAUCAGACUCCUCCAUCCGAAGCAAGAUAUCCAACUGCUGAAGAUGCCAACAAGCAACCAAGAGGGACUGCGCCAACACCUAAGAAGACAGCUGCCCAAUAUGAUAAUGACACCUCUGAAGAAUCAAAGACUGCUGAUGAAGUAGCAUCAACUGAGCAGCCUUUAGAUGCUUGGAGAUCACCUGUUUCUCCACGAAGACAAAAGGUCGAGGAUUCUUCUAGUUCAGAUACAUCAUUCCGAAAGAGAUAUCCUUAUGAUGAAGACAUACAAGUUGCCAACACUGCUUCUGUGUCAUGGCAAAUUGCACCUGAUGGUGAUAAAAAUAUCUUUGAAGAAACAAAACUUCCUGACUCUACACCAACAAGUGCAGAACCCGUGUACACACCGCAAGCUCCUUUUCCUCCUCCAAGGCAAGCAGAAGUUAAAGAUGCUAAGGACAAAGGCAGACAAAGUAGAGUAACCAUUCCUGAAUCACAGAAAAUGGUGUCAGGGAAUGCCCAAACCACAGAUGGAGAAAGGAAGACUGGUACACCUGGAGAGCAAUCUUCAGAUCGUCCGCAAGCUAUUCCUCAAUCAAGGCUGCCAGCAGCUAAAGGUUUGUUUACCAAAGAAGAAAUAACCAAUGAACAGACAGUGGUGCCACCUCUAUUGAGCAAUGAACCAACUUCUCGAGUUCAACCUGCCUAUGAAUCCUUACAAGAAGUAGCUUCCCGUGGAGGUUUGUCUACCAAACCAUCCACCAUUGAACAAUGGCAGCGUGCAACUGUGCCACUAAAUGACAUAACUUCUAGUUCUGGUGAUGGUGAAAUUGGAGCAGAGACACCUGGUGUCCAAAGUGCUUCACCAUCAUUCCCAGGAGCUUCCACAGCUCAUCAUGCCACUAGUGAUGAUAAGUUUGCUAGGCAGUCGAUUAUUGAUGAAAGAGUUGGAGAACCAACAAAAAUGCUACCAACUCAAUCUUCUGCUCCAGCACAUACCAAGAGAGAAACUCCUGGUGGUCAUGAAAUUGUUGAUUCAGAGCUUGUCAGCACACCUGAUGGACAUAUAUCAGAGGCUGCAAAAAUUAGACAGGAUCAAGCCACAGUCCAUGAAGAUGUUCAUGACGCCAAUUUGUCAGCUCAUGAUGUGGCUAAAGAUACCUUCAAAGAAGCAAAGGUUGCUGAGUCUACACCAUCUAGUGCAAAACCUAUGUACUCUCAACAACCUGCUCCUACUCCAAGGCAUGCAGAAGUGGAAGAUACUUGGGACAAAGGGAUGAAAGGUAGAGAAGCUGUUCCUGACCGACAUCAAAUGUUGGAAAAAUGGGCAGGUACAGCCGGAGAGCAAGUUUCUGAUCGUUGGAAAGCAAGUGCUCCAUCAAGACAGGCAGCAGCUGAAGAUGUUCGUGGUGCAACUGGUGAUACAAUACAGUCUCCAGAUGUUCUUGACACUUCCAAGAAAUCUAGAGGUGCCUAUGAAGAAGCUAAAGGCCCUGGUUCUGUUAAGGAGGAGAAGACAUCCUCUAUUUACCAGAAGAAGCCUCUGGUAGCACAAGACAAUCAGGAGCAAGCUCAAACCAUCCCAGCUGGUGAGAAAGCAGAUGGUUAUAUGCGAAAGCAUCAACAAGCUUCUGAUGCUCCAAACACUUUUGUUGAGAAAUUAAAUGCUUCAGAACCAGCAAGAGUAAAAACUCAUGGUGACUUCAGUGCUGAACAACUAUAUAGAAAAGACACCACUGAUGACCAGAAAGUGGCACCGCCUCUUUCGACUAGACAACUAACUUCCCAUGUCCAACCUCCCUCUGAACCAUCAUAUGAUGCAGCUCUCCACAGAGAUUUGUCUAGCAAACCAUCCACCAUUUAUCAAUGGCAACGUUCAUCUGCACCAUUACAUGACGUGACUAGUAGUUCUGGUGAUGAUGAGGUGGCCAAGUCAACCGUUGAUGAUAAGCCAACACCAGUGAGUCAGCAAAAAUCUGAUGAGCAAAGAGUGGAACCACCCGUACCAAUAGAAGCAGAAAUAUCUGGUGUUCAACAUGCUUCACCAUCAUUUCCAGGAGCUUCUGCGGCUACUGGUGAUAAGUUUGCCAAGCGCUCAAUUAUUGAUGAAAGAGUUGGAGAACCAACACAAACGCAAACAUCAAGUCAAGAUGCUCGUCCUUCUUCAGAACCUACUAAGAGAGGAACUCCUGAAGGUCAUGAAGUUGGUGAGCUUGUCAGUACACCUGGUGGCCAAAUAUCAGAAGCAAAAAAAGCUGGAGAUGAUCCAGCAAUAGUCCAGGAAGAUGUUUAUGAUGUCAAUUUGUCAACUCAAGAUGUGGGCAAGGAUGCCUUCAUGGAAACAAAGGUCGCUGACUCUAUACCAUCUAGUGCCCAGCCUAUGCACAUUCAGCAACCUGCUCUUACUCCAUCAAGGCAAAGGCAAACACAAGUUGAAGAAGCUAGGGAUAAAAGCAUGCAAAGUAGAGAAACUAUUUCUGAACAACCAAAAAUGGUGGAAAGAAAGACAGGUAUAUCUGGAGAGCACUUAUCAGAUCGUCAGAAAGAAAUUCGUCCAUCAAGACAGACAUCAGCUGAGGAUGCUACAAUACAGUCUUCAGACAUCCUUGACACUCCCAAGAAAUCUAGAGCCACCUUUGAAGAAUCAAUAGGUCCUGGAUCUACAUUACCCAAAGCACAAGUUUUGGACGCUCAAGAUUCUCAGCUCACAAAAGGAGAAUCUACAGUGCCAACUACUGACCAAAGGAAGGACUGGAAAUAUGCAAAAGAUGAUGAAAGCAUCAUGACUGAAGAAAAUUCAUUAUCAACAAAGCGGCUUAGGGAGAUGUUCCAGGAAAGUGCAUCCACUGCACCUAAGACACAGCUUACCGAUUCUGAGGGCUCUAAUGCACUGGAGAAAACAUCAUCUGUUUAUCGUAAGGGUCCUCUGGCUGCACAAGACAUCCCGGAAGAAGCUCAAGUCAUCCCAGCUGAUGAGAAAGUAUAUGGUUCUACAUCAGAGCAUCAUGAAUCCUUUGGUGAUCCAUACAAUGAUGGUGAAAAAUUAAGUGUUUCUGCAUCAGCCAGAGCAGAUAUUCAUGAUGAUCACAGUGCAGAAGAGCAAUAUAAAAAAUACACUGCCGAUGAUCAGAAAGUGGAUCCAUCUCUAUCAAGCAAAGAACCAGCAUCCCAAGUGCAACCUGCCUCUGAACCAUUACAAAGAGCAGUUCCUGAUGGGGAUUUGCCUAGCAAAUCAUUCACCAUUGAUCAAUGGCAACGCACAGGUGCUCCGUUACAUGGUGUAAUUACUGAUUCUGGUGAUGAUGGAGCAGCCAUGUCUUCUAACAAUGAUCAAAAGUCAAGAUCGAUGAGUCAAGAAGCAACUCCAAGUUCACAGAGUGUCAAUCAGAUGGGCAAACAAUCUGGUGAGCAAAGGGUCGAACCUCCUGUACCAAUUGUUGCAGAAGCAUCUGAUGUUGGACGUGCUGCAUCAUCACUGCCAGAAGCUGCCAGAGCUGAUGUUCCCACUAUCAGUGAUAAAUUUACUGAGCAGUCCAACAUUGAUGAAAGAAUGGGGAAACCAAAACAAAUGCAAGCACCAAUUACAGCUGCUCAUCCUGCUUCAGCACGUACCAUGAGAAGUCCUGAUAGUCAUGAAGCUGGUGAGCUUUUCCGCACACCUGAGGGCCAAAGAUUAGAGGCUGCAAAAGCUACACGAGAUCCUGCCACAAUCCAUGAAGAUGUUUAUGAUGCCAGUUUGCCAACUCAUGAUGCAGCUAUUGAUGAAAAGACAACAACGGAUCAUGCUAGUGGUGAUGAGGUUAUCACAGGAUCUUUACACGAUGAACAGGCACCGCGACCUGCAUCAAUUCAAGCACAGCCAACUGUUGAGACUCCACGUCACUCGGAUUCAUUCCAAUAUGUACAUACUGGUGACUCGGGAAAAGCUGAAUUGGCAAAACCAACUGUAACUGAUCAAGAAGCAACAGUGCCUGCAGCUGGCCCAACAUCAGCGGAUCCCCAACCUGCUGAUAUCGUACCAGCUGGAGUAGCCCAUUCUGAACAGAAAUCCGCUCCGUCAGAUAAAGGAUCAGCUCGUGCUGCACAACAUCCUUCCCCUGUUGAACCAAUAAAGGCAGACAGUAAUGUUUCUGCAGCCAAUUAUACUAAUGCGCCACAAAUGAUUUUUCGGCAACAGGCCAGACCACCUGCACCGAGCACAAUAGCAAUUCGAACCCCAGAUACCCAGGGUGUUAUAGGGAAAAUCCAGGAGAUAACUCCUGAUAACCGCGGCACUGAUGACUCAGGAAAACCAUUUGUUCCAAAUCAAGAACAUAUUUCACAUGCAUCAGAAGCAAUCCCUGGACAAGAAGAAAUGACAUCUCCACAAGGCGCAAGAGUUUUUCCAACGUUAGGUACCCAACUUUCCUCGGCAGAUGUUCAUGAAGCCACCCCCGAUGAUCAACAGACUGUUGAGUCAAUUACUCCAUUGGUUUCAAGUGGAAAACAAGGUUCUCAUGUCAGAUCUCCUUUCAAACCAGGCGAAGUAGGUCCUGCUGAAAAGAAAUUUGCCCCGUCAGAUGAAGAAUCACCUCAUUCUUCAGAAGAGUUGAUCUCUGGUGAACCUAGGAAAGAGCAAACUGUUAUUCCCACUGCUGAACAGACCACGGCACAGCCAACAAUCAUUGGUCGACAAGACAUACCAGACAGAAAACAGGCUCUGACAUCAAAAGACACACUUAAUAAUACAGCUACCCAGGACGAUGUUCACCGCACUGGUACCAUUGAACCUGCCAGAAGACCUUUAUCAGUUGAAGGGGAAGAACUAACGCCUGCAACUCAAGCACCAUUACCUACUGUGGCUAGAGACUCCUUCCAUACUGAGCUGGAAAAUGUUCAGUCAGUGAAACCAUCAGCAACUCCAGAUGCUCGUGACAUCACACCUAGUAGUGCACCUGAUGAAGCAGCGCUUGCUGAGCAAAAAUCUGCCUUAUCAGGUCAAAGUUCUGCUGAUCCUGCACAACCAGCUUUCUCUCUUGGUCCAAUGAAUGAGAUUAGAGAUUCGUCUCCUUCAGCUAUGCUAAUUUCCUCUACUGAUCCAAGUAAAGGAGAUCCUAUGGUUUCUGUACGUGAUCAAGCCAAGGACUCCCAAACAACUCCUAGCCAACAAGACAUAUUGUUUACCGAACAUCCUUCAGGGAAGGUUCAGGAAAAUAUACCUGAUGAUAACUUGCGCAAAGCUAAACUUUCAAGACCAUCCUCUGCUAUUCAAGAAGGCAAACCUUCAAAAGCAUCAGCUUCGGGCAUACAGCUUGGUAGUGUACCAAAUGAAUUAUCCAUUGAUGAACAGAAGUUUGUUCCACCAGAUGCUAGUCACGCUUUAUCAAGAGAUCAGGAAUCUUCUCCGGACGAUGGUCAGAUCAGAAAUUUGGGAAGCCCAGUUAUCGCUAGCCAAGAAGACGCCUCUCGUGCUGGACGUGCUUCUGAAGGAUCUACUCCUAAAGUGCAUAGUGCCGUUGUAGAUGAGAAGAGGACACUUCCAUCUAGCCAGGCACAAACUUCAAGCACUGGGCCUGAUUCAGGACAAAUUGGCGGUGAUGCUCAUCUUAGUGGUGCUGGUAUGCCAGCCACAAGCUCUAUGGAGAAGCAAGAGGCAGAACCUCCUGCAGCAACACAAGCACCAACUCCCAAGGGUUUACAAGACACUGCAAAUAUCAAGUCACCAAGACAAACCUCAACUGAUCAAACCGUGACACCUGCGAUGAACUCAGCAGCACCGUCCAAUGCUCCUGAAGGUAUUGAACCAGGUCCAGAUUCUUCUCGAUCUGUACAGACCCCUUUCUCUACUGAGCCAACAAAAGAAGACACUAUUGCUACUGCAGGUGAUCAAGCCGAGGACAUGCAAACAGUGACUCAACAACAAGCCAUUACACCUGCUCCAGACACAGCUAAACCUACAUUCCCAGGUGCUCAGGAUGCAUCAAUGAAGUUUCAGGAAAGUAUUCCUGAUGAUGGGCCAGUGGAAAAUUAUUCUCCUAAGCCUGCAACACAGACACAGCCACCUUUAGCAACUCUAGAUGUAUCACCGGAUGCCUCAAGCAAGGCUAAAUCAACUGGGCAAGGAUCCAAGCCACCAACAAGGUACCAAGCAUCUUCUCCGGAAACUCAGCUUGGUUCCUCACAAACACAAGGUGAAGCUGCCCCAGCAGAACAAAAAUUUGCUGCAACAGAUGAAAAAUCUGCCAAUGCCUCAAAAUCAUUUGCCUCUGCUGAACCAAGGGAAGAAGAUGCCGAUGCUGCCAUUGCUGAUCAAACGAGUGUACCACCGACAAAGGUUACCCGUCAGGUCACAAGCUCAACACCAGAUGCUAGUGACGCUUUAUCAAGAGAUCAGGAAUCUUCUCCAGACGAUUGUCAGAUCAGAAAUUUGGGAAGCCCAGUUAUCGCUAGCCAAGAAGACGCCUCUCGUGCUGGACGUGCUUCUGAAGGAUCUACUCCUAAAGUGCAUAGUGCCGUGGUAGAUGAGAAGAGGACACUUCCAUCUAGCCAGGCACAAACUUCAAGCACUGGGCCUGAUUCAGGACAAAUUGGCGGUGAUGCUCAUCUUAGUGGUGCUGGUAUGCCAGCCACAAGCUCUAUGGAGAAGCAAGAGGCAGAACCUCCUGCAGCAACACAAGCACCAACUCCCAAGGGUUUACAAGACACUGCAAAUAUCAAGUCACCAAGACAAACCUCAACUGAUCAAACCGUGACACCUGCGAUGAACUCAGCAGCACCGUCCGAAGCUCCUGAAGGUAUUGAACCAGGUCCAGAUUCUUCUCGAUCUGUACAGACCCCUUUCUCUACCGAGCCAACAAACGAAGACACUAUUGGUACUGCAGCUGAUCAAGCCGAGGACAUGCAAACAGUAACUCAACAACAAGCCUUUACACCUGAUCCAGACACAACUAAACCUUCAUUCCCAGGUGCUCAGGAUGCAUCAAGGAAGUUUCUGAAAAGUAUUCCUGAUGAUGGGCCAUUGGAAAAUUAUUCUCCUAAGCCUGCAACACAGACACAGCCACAUGAAGCAACUCUAGAUGUAUCACCGGAUGCCUCGAGUAAGGCUAAAUCAACUGGGCAAGGAUCCAAGCCACCAACAAGGUACCAAGCAUCUUCUCCGGAAACUCAGCUUGGUUCCUCACAAACACAAGGUGAAGCUGCCCCAGCAGAACAAAAAUUUGCUGUAACAGAUGAAAAAUCUGUCAAUCCCUCAAAACCAUUUGCCUCUGCUGAACCAAGGGAAGGUGUGGAAGCUGCCAUUGCUGAUCAAAUGAGUGUACCACCAACAAAUGUUACCCGUCAGGUCACAAGCUCAACACCAGAUGCUAGUCACGCUUUAUCGAGCGAUCAGGUUUCUUCUCCUGACGAUGGUCAGAUCAGAAAUUUGGGAAGCCCACUUAUCGCUAAAGACGCCUCUCGUGCUGGACGUGCUUCUGAAGGAUCUACUCCUAAAGUGCAUAGUGCCGUUGUAGAUAAGAAGAUGACACUUCCAUCAAGCCAGGCACAAACUUCAAGCACUGGGCCUGAUUCAGGACAAAUUGGUGGUGAUGCUCGUCUUAGUGGUGCUGAUAUGCCAGCCACAAGCUCAAUGGAGAAGCAAGAGGUGGAACCUCCUGCAACAACACAAGCACCAACUUCUAAGGGUUUACAAGAUACUGGAAAUAUCGAGUCACCUAGACAAACCUCAACUGAUCAAACUGUGACACCUGCGAUGAACUCAGCAGCACCAUCCGAUACUCCUGAAGGUACUGAACCAGGUCCACAUUCUUCUCGAUCCGUACAGACCCCGUUCUCUACUGAGCCAACAAAAGAAGACACUAUUGUUACUGCAGCUGAUGCACCAAGGUCUUCUGAAGAAUCCAAGGUGCAGCUACAGUCUGAAGACAGUACCCAAGGUCGUGGAACUGAUGCACCAAGCUUUGAAACUGGGCAUCCUAGGAACGGACGCCUUCCAGCAAAUAACUAUAAGAACAACAGUAGCCAAUCUCAGGCAGAAGCUUCAAAUAAAUCUAUCGAGCAAUCUUCUCCUGAUAUUUGGAACAAGGACAAUGAUUCCAGCAGAGUGGAUGACUCAACUGAUCCGACCAAACCUGAGACUUGAAAAACUAAGCCCUGGCAAUUGGUAAACCUCUGUGUUAUGGUUCAUGGACAAACACAUUAUGUCAGAAUGCACUACUGAAUAAGGGCCAAGCAAGAGCAAGUGUUUUGUGAAUUCAUCUCUUUUCAAUUUAUCCUUUUUUUAUGUCCUUAUCCGUUGUGAGUCUAAUAAGGUCAGCUCUGCUGCCAUCCUGGGUUGAUGCCCCUGUAUUGUACUUUACAUAUAUAUUCUUGUGUUGUUCCUCACCAAGUACAUUUUACCCUGAUUUUGAACAAUUAGUGAGCAUGCAAUGAUGUCACCAUUCUUGUAAUAUUGACACUUGUAUGUUUUUAACAGCCCAAUAAUCAGUGUGUAUUCACAAUGUUCUCUGCAA